UGCGGCUACAGAAUAACCAAGGCAAUGAUAUAAACGCCAUGCAGACGUUCAAUUCCCUCAUUUUGUCUCGCUAUAGGCGAUGGAACGACACAUACCCUUCCCGAUCAAGAACGUCUGCCAUCACGGGAGCAUAUUCGCCUUCCUAGGAAGUGGUACAUGCCUACAACGAACGUUCAUCAUCUCAUUGCUGCUAUACCCAAGUUUGGAGAGCGCUACAUUGGAUGACAUGACACGGUUUUCCAACCAUUGCAUCUUGGCCCCAACAAAUAGAGACACCGAUGCAAUCAACAGCAUUUGUACCAACCGUUUCCCGGGACAAGAGAAGGUAUAUUUAUGCGCAGAUGUGGCUCUCAACCAAGAAAACACAAUACCCCCAGAGCUUUUGGCCGCUCUAUCAUUCCCAGUAUGCUAUAUCACACGCUAUGCAUACUGAAUAGCCGUCUCAUUUGAUCUUUAACAUAGAACUGCCAGGAUACAAGCUGACGUUAGAAGUGAACAUGCCUGUCAUGCUGAUGCGCAACCUGGAUACCAAAGUUGGACUUUGUAACG